AUGUCGCAUCAUCUGAUACCUGAAAACAAUCGUAUCCUUGCCAAGCUAGUGGAUCUGGCUUCGCCGGAUGAGAGUGAUGAGAAUGUAGGGGGCUCCAAUUCCAUGCCAAAUACAUUGAUAUCGUACAUGCACGAAGCACCACGAUUUGGUCAUUCAAACCGCUUGGGUAUUAUCGCUUCUACAAAUCCAGAAGAUCCCAUGGAAUAUGCAAGUGGUCUCAAGCAGUUUACACUCUUCACGCUGAUUCCGUUUGUCUUGUGGGCUUUGCUUCUGCUGGCAUUCAAAUAUCUUUAUGGAGCGCAUAAAGUUGGUUGUGCGGCAGGUGGGCAAGUUGUAGACAUUCGAAAGCUAGCCAAACGGGGCGUUUCCAGGAAGACUCGACGGCAGCAUAUUGUUCGAAAUUGGAGAGUUCAAGCAAUGUUUUUGGUGGUUGGAUUGGCGAUUCCAACCCUAACCUUGAUACUCGUAAAAGUGGGAUGGGGGCACAUGGAUACCGCAAUGAAAGAUGUCAAGGAAACUUUAGAUGAUGUAGAAUCGUGGUCGUUCAACGGUCAAAAUAUUAUUGAAAGACUGAAACAAACUGAAAGAAAUAUUCGACAACACGAAUUUGUGCAACAAGCAUUGGAUCUAUCUACACCCAAAGAAAGUACUGUCUUUGAUGAGUGGUGUCCAAAUCAGAGAAACUCGUCGCUCGCGCUUCUAAAGGAAUCAUUUGUUCAAGUUCAAAGCUUUGCGAUUCAUUUGGAAGACGAGUAUGCUCGAUACGUUCCCAAUGAUAUUGCUGGAUUCCAAACCAUUACGGAAAUUGCAAGUGAUAUCGAAGGUUCCCUCAACAGGGUCAUGGACAAUGAUUGGAUGUUCAAGUUCUUCCUGAUGGUGCUCAAUGUGAUCAACCUGUUGAUGGUUUUGAUAUGUCAAGUGUGUUCACGCAACAAUAUCAUACAUCCUCCAACACGAGCAUACACAACCUGGCUGAUACUUCCAGUAUUCUUUGUAUUGACAACGAUUCUCAUGGCGAUUACAGCUGUCAGUGGAAUUGCUGCUCUUUUUAAUGCCGACUUUUGCAGUGGCGGUGAGGAAGGAUCGCCGCAAGGAACCUUUUACGAUGCUAUUCUGAGUUAUGAACAUGGAUCUCUGGAUGCUUCAAUUGGCCCCGAUGACUCAAUGGAACUUGUGUAUGACAGUUUCAAAUAUUAUUCUGGGGGUUGUUUGACUGAGCAUCCUCUUGACUUUUUGGAAGAGUUCGGAGCUCGAAUUGGCGACGGUGUCUCCCAGCUGACCCAUCUCAGCAAUGCACUCAUCGAUGCCCAGAAUGAAACUUUCUUGAUUGAUAGUCUCAGUGCCGAGUGUGGAGCUGACGUCUCUUUCCUUCCAGCGACCAUUGGAUCGUUGGAUGGAUUAUUCCACGACUUGCAAGAUCAAAUGGAUGCCUAUGUGGAUCUGAUUAGUUGCAGUCGUGUCAGCCCAAUCAUUCGGCGAGUCACCAACGGAGCCAUUUGUAACGAGUCCGUCAAGGGAGCGACAUCGAUAUGGGCUUGUUCCUUUUCCCUUUUGCUAUGCUGUUUCACGAUGUUGUCAUUGCGAGCAGCUCUAUUCAAUUCCAUCAAGAGGGGAAGGAAACGAGACAAGAAACCGAAGCGAGUAGUAGAAAAGGAGUUCGAAGAGUACAAGGAAUUCAUGAAGGAAUACUAUGGUGACGAAGUUGGCAAGUGGAAGGCACAAGGAGUCAAGCUCAAAUCGCAAAUUAAUCAUGUGGAGUUCGAUCUUGGGUCACAAUUCAUUGAAUCGAAACCGACCUUUGACACCGAGGGAUCCUCGCCCGAUUCUGCUCGUGGAGGCGUCUUUACUUUCGAAUAUGUGGAUAAUGGCGAAACAGGAACCGAGAUUGCACCCGUCAUGGAAGAUCCAACUGCAAAUGGCGAAGAGGCUGGCGAAGAUGAAGCUUCGUCGUAUGAAUCUUGCUCCGAUGAAGAAUCAGAAGCGAAUGCUGAUUUGGAGGAUGACAAGAGCGCUCUUGUGUCCUUUUUUGUCGAGACGAAGGUUAUGGCCCGGCAUGGAAUUCAAAAUGUGCGGGACUUUGGAUCGACCGUGAGUGACAAUGUAUCGGCCAUUGGUUUGUCUCCAAUGAAUCGAUCUGGCAGUGCGGACGAUGCAAGCGUUCUCUCGUCUCUUUCGUCCAGGGCAUCUUCGUUCGCAUCAUCGGUCGUACACCGGACUUUCGAAAAGGUUAAGAAAUUGAAACCAUUGUUGGGAGGUGAUGAAGAGGAUCAUGGACCAGAUGACUCAAUCGACGAAGAAAGUCUCUUCAUAUCUCCCACUAACGACACAAAUGUUAGAGAAUCACAAGUCGUUCCUCUCCAAUCAUCCAAGCUCAUCCAUUCCAUCAAUGAUAGUUUUGAACGAGAGUUGGAAGAGGUGUUUGAGAAGCAAGGCCGCCAUGAAGCGCCCGGUCGGUCUUCACACGAGCGGAAGGGACGAGAGUCUGCUGCUUCCACCACCAGAUCAUUGAGUACUCACCAAGGUUUUGAUCGAGUCUGGAAGAUGAUCUCUCCGGUGUCUGAUUUGGUAUACGAUACUUCCCCACGAGAAUUGAAACGAGUCAAGACACCAACUGCUCCCAAGAAAGCCAUUCAGUUUUUGUCUCGUACCAGAAAUGAAUACGACGAGGAUGAAAUCCAACCUUUGACACCGAAUCGAGCUCAAGGAUCCGUCUUGUCCAUGAAUAGCAACGUCCAGCCAACGAGACUAAGAUUGUCUCCAUAUCAUUACACAUCCAACGACUCGAAUACUCGACAGCGGAAACGGGCAAGACACCAAUCUCGGACCAGAUUGAGUUUGGAUGACGACGAUGAAUCCGAUCACCACCAACGACAACAGAGGCAGGAAGAGACGCCAAUAUCUCCACCCAAGAACGACCGAUUCACCUCUAGACGACGAUACUAG